UGAUUGGCACUUGGCAGCUCCAUUUUACUGACCAUUAUAUUCUGCUCAACUUUACUUUCUUAGUCAACUCAAAGGAAUUUGUUGCUGCAGCCAUGGCAGAUGUAGCAGUGAAAUUCUUAGUAGAAAACUUGAUGCAAUUGUUAAUCGACAACGCUGACUUGAUUAUUGGUAUAAAAGGUGAAGUUGAAAAUUUACUACAAGAUCUGAAUGACUUCAAUGCUUUUCUCAGACAAGCAGCUAAAUCCAGGAGAGACAAUGAAGUCUUGAAAUCACUAGUAAAGAAGAUAAGGAAAGUCGUAAAUGAUGCUGAAGAUUCAAUUGAUAAGUUUGUUAUUGAAGCUAAAAGACAUGACGAUAAGAACAAAUUUGCUCAGUGGUUUCAUCUUACUCAUGUUGCUAGAGCUAAAGGGGUUGCUGAUGAGAUUAAAACUAUAAGGGUAAGAGUGAAGGAAAUUCGCCAAAAUGAUGCUUAUGGACUUCAAGCUAUUACUUCUGAUGAUAAUUCCAACCAAGGUGCUCAGGAAAGGAAGGUCCCUGUAGUAGAGGAAGACGACGUGGUUGGUUUUGAUGAGGAAGCGAAAACUGUAAUUGAUCGUCUCAUUGGAGGAUCGGAUUAUGUUGUGCCAGUCGUUGGUAUGCCUGGUCUUGGAAAAACAACUUUGGCAUAUAAGAUUUACAAGGAUCCUAAGGUUGAGUAUGAGUUUUUCAACCGCAUAUGGGUAUAUGUCUCUCAAUCGUUCAACAGAAGGGAAAUAUUUCUCAACAUCAUCAGCAAAUUCACUCGAAACACCAAACAAUAUCAUGAUACACCAGAGGAGGAAUUGGCAAAUGAAAUAAAGGAGCUUCUUGGGAAGGGUGGGAAAUAUCUUAUUGUUUUAGAUGAUGUGUGGACAAGAGAAGCUUGGGAUCGGAUCAAAAUUGCUUUCCCCAAUAAUGAUAAACGGAAUAGAGUCUUGAUGACUACUAGACAAAGCAAUGUGGCUAAGUGCUGCAAUGAUAAACCUCAUGAUCUAAAGUUUUUGACUGAAAAUGAAAGUUGGGAGCUACUUGAGAAGAGAGUUUUUCACAAGGAAAAAUGUCCAUCUGAGUUAGAAUUACCUGGAAAAAGUAUAGCCAAAAAAUGUAGGGGCUUACCACUUGCAAUAGUUGUUAUUGCCGGAGCUUUGAUAGGCAAAGGAAAGACGACAAGGGAGUGGGAGCUGGUGGCUGACAGUGUGGGUGAGCACCUCAUAAAUAGAGAUCCAGAGAACUGCAAGAAAUUGGUGCAGAUGAGUUAUGAUCGUUUGCCUUAUGAUUUAAAGGCGUGCUUCUUAUAUUGUGGGGCUUUUCCUGGCGGUUCUGAAAUUUCAGCUCGGAAGUUGAUUUGUUUAUGGAUCGCGGAAGGAUUCAUACAAUACCAAGGACCAUUGACUCUAGAGGAUAUAGCAGAGGACCACUUGAAUGAUCUUGUCAAUAGGAACUUAGUGAUGGUAAUGCAAAGGAGUUCUAGUGGUCAAAUCAAAACAUGUCGUGUUCAUGACAUGUUGCAUGAGUUCUGCAGACAUGAGGCUAUGAUGGAGGAAAAUCUUUUCCAAGAAAUCAAACGAGGGCAAGAACAUUCUUUUCCAGAGAAACAAGAGUUAGCCACUUAUCGUCGCUUGUGCAUUCAUUCGUCUGUUUCUGAAUUCUUGUCAACAAAACCCUUUGGUGAGCAUGUUAGGUCGUUCUUAUGCUUUGCCUCGAAAAAAUUUGAGAUGCCUUUAGGUGAAAUACCAGCCAUCCCCAGAGCCUUUCCCUUGCUUAGGGUACUCGAUGCUGAAUCAAUCAAGUUCAGUCGUUUUUCUAGAGAGUUCUUCAAAUUAUUCCAUUUGAGGUACAUUGCAUUCUCAACUGACUCGAUUAUGACCAUUCCUACAAACAUUGGGAAUCUCUGGAAUGUACAAACACUUAUAAUUGAGACACAACAGGGUACUCUUGACAUUAAAGCAGACAUUUGGAAUAUGACAAGAUUAAGGCAUGUGUGCACAAACGCUUCCGCUACAUUGCCUUCCCCUAAGCGCCCCAAGAGCAGCAAGGACAACUUGGUGAAUCGUUGCCUACAAACACUUUCUACUAUAGCACCUGAAUGUUGCACGGCAGAAGUUUUUACUAGAAUUCCUAAUCUCAAGAAAUUAGGUGUUCGUGGAAAAAUAGAUGCACUUCUAGAGACCAGUAAGGAUGGGUCCAGUUCUGGUUUGUUCAGUAACAUAGGAAAGUUAGAUUGCCUCGAAAAGCUGAAGUUGGUAAAUGAUACUCGUCAAAGUAGAAAACAGCUACACCUUCCUCCAGCAUAUAUUUUUCCUCAGAAGCUAAAAAAGCUCACUCUGAUAGAUACAUGGUUCAAAUGGGAAGAUAUGUCUAUAUUAGGUCUAUUAGAGUACCUUGAAGUGCUGAAGUUGAAAGAAAAUGCGUUUAGGGGACAGUCGUGGGAACCAGAGGAUGGCGGUUUUCCUCGUCUGCAGGUCCUAUGGAUUGAAAGGACAGAUCUAUCUUCUUGGAAGGCCUCAUCCGGGAACUUUCCACGACUAAAACGCCUUGUUCUUAUAGCAUGUGAUAAUCUUAAGGAACUACCAGCUGAACUGGCUGAUGUGGAAAACCUCCAGUUAAUUGAACUCCAGAGUACCAGUGUGUUUGCUGCUAAAUCUGCACGAGCAAUACUAAAGAAGAAACAAGAAAAAGAAGGCAGCGGAUUCAAGCUUUCUGUAUUUCCUCCAGAUCUCGGAUUGUAACUUUAAAGACUGCUUCAUUGACACUAGACAGUGGCUUUUGUCAAUUCUUAUACUAUGGAGGGACUCGGCGAUGAAUCAACCCUUCUGCUCGCUACUACAUUUGCCUCACUGGCUUUAACAAGAGAAGUCUCCUGCAUUUUGUUUCUGGAGCAUUCUUAUCUUAUUUGAUGUAUCUGGAUAUCUUCACACUAAUGCAGAACCUGGAGAAUGUCAUUUUUAUUUGUACUGUUGCCAUGUUGAUUGUGACUUCAUUCUUGUAUUUACUUGUUUUGUGCUCUUUCUUUGUUUUUC